AUGUCGAAGAUUGAGAAGUUGUCGAUUACGGGCGUGCGGUCAUUCGACCACAAGGCCCAAAUGGCCAUCAGGUUCGAAUCUCCGCUCACCCUGAUUGUCGGCAUGAACGGUUCUGGCAAGACGACCAUCAUCGAGUGCUUGAAGUAUGUCACCACAGGUGAGAUGCCGCCGAACAGUGAGCAAGGUCGUUCAUUCGUGCACGAUCCGAAGAUGGCCGGCGAGAAGGAAGUCCUCGCCCAGGUCAAGCUCCAGUAUACGUCGACUGAAGGCAUGAGGAUGGUCACCACUCGCAACAUGUCUCUCACCGUAAAGCAAGGCAAGCGCACUUUCAAGUCUCUAGAAGGCACCAUCAAAAUGGCAAGGGACGGUGAGCGCAGUACCGUCAGCUCCACUGUUGCCGACAUUAAUGGCAUGAUGCCUCGCUAUCUUGGUGUGUCCAAAGCGGUGCUCGAGAAUGUCAUCUUUUGCCACCAAGAAGAGUCGCUCUGGCCGAUGAUGGCACCCACAGACCUCAAGAAGAAGUUCGACGAAAUCUUCGAAGCCAACAAGUACACCAAGGCCAUUGACAACAUUAAAGUCAUGCAGAAGAACAAGAAGAUCGAACUGAAGAACCUCGAGCUUAACGAAGUCCACUGCAAACAGAACAACGACAAGAAGAAGAAUCUCAAAGCUAAGAUUGACCUGAUGGAUAAGCAGUGUGAGACUCUGCGUGAUCAAGAGUCAACAUUCAGAGCGCAGCGCCUGCACGCCGAGGAAGGAUAUAAAGAUGCUGCCAACAAAUUUGCUCAGGUCAAUGUCGUCGUUGGUGAGCUCAAAAACAAGCGUUCCGCGAGAGCAGCAAAGGAGGAGAACGUGCAAGGUCUUCGCGAGAACCUCAACGAAAUGUCCGAAUCCGACAACGACCUUCAGCGCAUGCUCGACGAAUACGAUGAGCAUCUUCGGUCUUUCGAUGCCAACCUCGAAGAGCAGAAGAAGCUAUACCACAAGAAAGAAGCCGAGGUGACCUCUUCGCGCAACGUACAGAGCGCCAAGGUCAGCGCCAUUGGUCGGUUUGAGGAGCAGAAGGCUAGCCAUGAGCGUCAAGUGGAAUACCGCAAUCGUCUGAUUCAGGAAUCUGCUCGCACCCACGAAAUCCGCGGCUAUGAUCGCGACAUUGACGAGAGGCUCGCCAAAGACUUCAUGCAGAAGAUCACGCGCACGACUCGUGAUGCCCAAGCUGAAUUUGAGCGUGUACGCACACAAGUGCAAGAGGACGUAUCGAGACAGCAAAAAGUGCUUAACGAUCUUAACUCAGAUGCGGUCCGCUUCAGACAGCAGAAGGAGAGCAGUGGAUUUCAGAUCAGCAAGUACGACGAGAAGAUUGGGGAGAUGCAGCGGCGCGCCCAAAGUCUCAAUUCUAAUGAAAGCGACAAAGUCACGUUCGAGAGCCAAUUGUUCGACACUCAGAGCAAGCUUGCUACGGCCAAAUCAGAAUUGGACAGUGCUCCCUGGAACAAGCAGAUCGAGAGCGCGGACGUCGAACUUCGCAGACUGGCUGAUACUCGAGAGAAGCUCGAUUCCGAGCGAGAAGAAGCUGCUCGCCGUGCCAAGGAAUCAGCGCAGAUCGACUAUUUGCGAGAGCAGCUUGAUGAUCGUCAUCGCCGCCUCGGCACUAUGAUUUCUGCUCACGGUGAUAGGGUAAGAGAGAUUGUCGGCGAUGGUUGGAAGCCACAGACGCUCGAGGCCUCAUAUGAGCGUGCUCUGAAGAAUCUAGACGCCGAAGUUGCCGAUGCACAGAAGCAACGAGAUGGUUCACAGACACAAGCCGACAACCUGAGCUCGAAGCUUGACGAGCUCAAAUCCAGCCUUGGAGCAAAGAAGGACGAAGCAAAGGACGCUGAGAAUGACAUUUAUGAUGCCAUUGGUCGUGCGCCUAAAGACUUUCCGUCUGAAUUGGCGGAGCGAGAGCAGACUCGCGAUGAGCUCAAGCAAGAGGGCGACUCGUUCAAUAUGAUCCAAUCGUAUUUUGAAGCGGCCAUCAAGAUGGCUAAAAAGCCGCAAAAGCCGUGCUGCAGAAUGUGCACGCGGCCGUUCGCCAGCCAAGCCGAGCUGCAAGCAAUGCUCGAUCGUGUGAAACUUGAGCAGGACAACAUGACGCAACAAAUCGAUGAGCAAAAGAUUACAGAAGCUGAAGCGGCUCUCGAACAAGCUCGAAAGGUCAAUGCCCAAUUCGACACGUGGGAACGCCUGACGCAGAAGGAAGUGCCAGCUGUCGUCAAAGAUAUCGAGAAUAUUGAGCGGAAGUGGAAGCAGGCCAACAACGACUGCGAGUCCCAUUCGUCAUUCUUUCAGGAAGCCGCCAGCCGCAAGCAAGAUGUUGAAUCGCUCUCGAAAACAGUCAACACCAUUGUCACGCUAAGCAACGAGGCUGAUGCACUGCAGAAACAAGUCGAGGAGCAGGCUGCGAAGCAGAAAUCCCAAGGUCUGUCUCGAGGGUUUGAGGCUGUCCAAGCAGACAUCAAGAAGAUUGAUGCCGAGAGCAAAGCUCAGCAAGCUUCCCGCGAUGAGGCGGCCAGCAUUCGCGAUCGCAAGACCAAAGCCGUGAGUGAUUUGGAGCUCGAAGCGAGCAGACUGGAGGGAAAGCUCCAACAGGCUCUUUAUGACCUGAAGCAGCGCAAGGAUCUUGAGAAUCAAGAGCAGGAAUACAAGGCUCUCAAGUCACAAGAACGCGAGAAGAUUCAGGAGUUCGACGCGAAGCUUAACGAGAUCGCCUCGCAGACAGCCACAGAGCAGGCCAAAUACGACGACAUUUCCAAACGUGGUGCGGACAAGGACCGAGAGCAGCAGAACAGAUUCAACAAGCUGAAUAACAGUCUCAACAAGCUCUCCACUGUGGAAGCUGAUAUUCAGGGAUAUCAUGAGCGAGGUGGUGAUCAGCAGCUUCUCAACGCUAAGCGCGAGAAAGAAGUCGCUGAUGCCGACGUUGAUCGAGCGGUCGCUGAGCAGUCGCAAAUUGCUCGAAACAUUAAGAAGCUGACAGACCAGUCGCAAAGCUAUGCCGAGUCGAAGCGCAACAUCACUGACAACCAGCGCUAUCGUCGUGAUCGACGACAGCUCCAGCAGCUUUCGGAUGAGAUCGAAGAGCUUGAGAAACGUAAUUGCGAGGCAGACGCUCAAACGUAUCAGCGUGAGGCUGAGCGUUGGCAGAGAAAGCGCGACGAGGCAGCUGCUCAGCAGGCGCAAGUUGUUGGUGAGCUCAAGGGGGUUGAUUCUCAGCUGCAAGUCUCCAUAGCAGAAUUUGGUCGCGACUACAAGACUGCCGGCAGGCAGUACAAGGCCGCUCAUAUCAUGGUCACGACAACCAAGGCGGCCAUUCAAGAUCUUGGUGCUUAUGGCGCUGCUCUCGACAAGGCUAUCAUGCAGUAUCACACGCUGAAGAUGGAGCAAAUCAACGGCAUCAUCGACGAGCUGUGGCGAAAGACGUACAUGGGUACCGAUGUCGAUACCAUCAUGAUCCGCAGCGAGAACGAGACAGUCAAGUCGACAAAGAACUACAACUACCGCGUGGUGAUGGUGAAGCAAGACACGGAGAUGGACAUGCGCGGUCGUUGCUCGGCUGGCCAAAAGGUGCUGGCGUCCAUCAUCAUCCGCAUGGCUCUUGCAGAGUGCUUUGGAAUUCGAUGCGGUGUGAUUGCGCUUGACGAGCCGACCACCAACCUCGAUGUCGACAAUAUCCGUGCUUUGGCGCUGAGCUUGUCUGCGAUCAUCAAGGAGCGGAAGAAGCAAGCGAACUUCCAGCUGAUCAUCAUCACUCACGAUGAAGACUUCCUUCGUGAAAUGCGAUGUGACGACCUCGUCGGUCACUACUACCGUGUGCACCGCAACAAUGACCAGAACACGGUGAUUGCGAAGCAGAGCAUCGCAGAAGUCAUGUAA